AAUAGACAGAGAAGAAGUUACCAAACAGUAUUGAUUUCACAGGAAUAGGCUUCUGUGUCAGAAAAAUCCAGUCAGUUUUGUACAGAAAAAGAAUGUAUAUUAACAAUGAAGAACAGAGCAAAAUAAACAUACUCAAAAUAAGGCAUAGCUGUUCACAUCACUUAGGAAGUACAGGAAUUCAGCUGAAGUUUUCAUCUACUUAACCUCAUGACACCAUCUCUACUCUCCUCUAUCCUGCUGACAAGCCUUUGUGGGCAGUGAGAACAGGAGUCCUGAGAGGCUGCACAAUGAGUUGAUAACUGAAAUGAGAGAACCAGAAGCUGAUAGACCAAGGGUGGUAUUUCUUGAAGAUUCAAUUUGGAGAACACUUUCAACACUUUUUCCACCACAUAUUCCACCUCUUCUGCAGUCAGAGGGACAGCCCUGUGGAUCAAAGAUUCUAAAGGGUUUGAAGAAAUUCCUGUAGGCCGUCCGCUGUUUUUUCUGCUGCUAGAGAUAAAAUUUUCUGGUCCAUUGUUGCACACAGCAAGGAACUGAAAAGGAAAAAUGUCAAGAGCUGGAUGAAACUACCAAAAGAAGGAAGCUGCCUGCCUUGAGAGGCCAGGACGGACAAAGUGGGAUCCUUCUUUGUCUUCAGCUCUCCCAGUCUUCCAGAGACAGCAUGUCGGAGGGGGCGGGCACGUUCCGCAUGGUCCCUGAGGAGGAACGGGAGCUCCGUGCCCAACUGGAGAGGCUUACAACCAAAGACCAUGGACCUGUCUUUGGCCCGUGCAGCCAGCUGCCCCGCCACACCUUGCAGAAGGCCAAGGACGAGCUGAACGAGAAGGAGGAGACCCGGGAGGAGGCGGUGCGGGAGCUGCAGGAGCUGGUGCAGGCGGAGGCGGCCUCCGGGCAGGAGCUGGCCGUGGCUGUGGCGGAGAGGGUGCAGGGAAAAGACAGCGCCUUCUUCCUGCGCUUCAUCCGCGCGCGCAAGUUCCACGUGGGGCGUGCCUACGAGCUGCUCAGAGGCUACGUGAACUUCCGGCUGCAGUACCCAGAGCUCUUCGACAGCCUGUCCCUGGAGGCCGUCCGCUGCACCGUCGAGGCUGGCUACCCUGGUGUCCUUUCCACUCGGGACAAGUAUGGCCGAGUAGUCAUGCUCUUCAAUAUUGAGAACUGGGACUCUGAAGAAAUCACCUUUGACGAGAUCUUGCAGGCAUACUGCUUCAUCCUGGAGAAGCUACUGGAGAAUGAGGAGACUCAAAUUAAUGGCUUUUGCAUCAUCGAGAACUUCAAGGGCUUCACCAUGCAGCAGGCUUCUGGACUUCGGCCUUCCGAUCUCAGAAAGAUGGUGGACAUGCUCCAGGAUUCCUUCCCAGCUCGGUUCAAAGCCAUCCACUUCAUCUACCAGCCGUGGUACUUCACCACCACCUACAACGUGGUCAAGCCCUUCUUGAAGAGCAAAUUGCUCCAGAGGGUCUUUGUCCAUGGAGAAGACCUCUCCAGCUUCUACCAAGAGUUUGACGAGGACAUCCUGCCCUCCGACUUCGGGGGUACACUGCCCAAGUAUGAUGGCAAAGCCGUUGCUGAGCAGCUCUUUGGUCCUCGGGACCAAACUGAGAACACAGCCUUCUGAGAACAUCUCCUGCCAUCUGACCUGUAGUUAGCAUUCCUGGGCCUCUUCUCCUCAGCUGCCCUGGACCCAGAAGGCUCUGAAAAAGGGCUUCCUGGGGUGACUGUGGUGCCCCCGAACCUCCCUAAGCUUGGGCAAACUCAGAUGUCAUUCUCCUCCCAAGCUAGGGGCCAAUAAAAAAAGCAGGGGAAUUUCCUGAAUGUGAAAAAGUGAGGAUAGUUAUAUUUCUACUGCCUCUGAAGCUUUAGGACACAAACUUGGUAUGGGGUUGAGUUUCAAAGAUUCUAAUCAAGCUUCUGAAUGAUUUUAUUUGUAAUAGAGUUUUACUGUUUAGGAUCUGUGAAAAUAGGCAAGGAGUCUGGUUUUAAAGUUCUCUUCCUCCCUAAAAAUACAAAAAAUAAAAGAUAAAAGAGGA